ACAAGUCACUCUAGUGUGCAAAUCUAACACACCAGUAUUACAGUAGUUUAGCACGCGCAUUUACGCUCGGUGCUGAGACCAAAUCCGCGCUCGCGAACGAAAUCCAUUUACUCUCCAGUAGUUGCGAGGCCCCUAGUCGAGUCGCUCUGCGCCGUUAAUCUAACAAUCCGCUCGGUUAAAGCCCCGGACAGACGUCAAACCGUGCAGAGAGCGGCGGCGGUCCCUCGGUGAGACUCAGUGACAGAGCAGGAGCGGUUCGGAGAGGAAGAAUGGCGGAUUCAAGCGGCACCGCAGCGGUCGGGGCCGCAGGCUCCAACAGCGCUGCUGCCGGGGCGGCUGGCACGGUGGCCCAUGAUGUAGCGCCCGCACCUGCGGGACCCAAGCCCGGGUGCGAGUCCGUGAAGGGCCAGAUGUUUGAUGUGGGCCCCCGCUACACGAACCUGUCUUACAUCGGGGAGGGGGCUUACGGAAUGGUUUGCUCUGCUGUGGACAACGUGACAAGCCAGCGCGUAGCCAUCAAGAAAAUCAGCCCAUUUGAGCACCAGACAUACUGCCAGCGCACGCUGAGGGAAAUCAAGAUCCUGCUGCGUUUCCACCAUGAGAAUAUCAUCGGCAUCAACGACAUUCUCAGGGCACGGCACAUUGACAACAUGAGGGAUGUCUACAUUGUGCAGACUCUGAUGGAGACGGACUUGUACAAGCUGCUGAAGAGCCAGAAGCUGAGCAAUGACCACGUCUGCUAUUUCCUCUACCAGAUCCUGCGAGGCCUCAAGUACAUUCACUCAGCCAACGUGUUGCACCGUGACCUCAAGCCCUCCAACCUGCUCAUCAACACCACCUGCGACCUCAAGAUCUGUGACUUUGGCCUGGCGCGGAUAGCCGACCCUGAGCACGACCACACAGGUUUCCUGACCGAGUACGUGGCUACGCGUUGGUACAGGGCUCCAGAAAUCAUGCUCAACUCAAAGGGCUACUCCAAGUCCAUUGACAUCUGGUCAGUGGGCUGCAUCCUGGCCGAGAUGUUGUCCAACAGGCCUAUCUUCCCUGGGAAACACUACUUGGACCAGCUCAACCACAUACUGAGCGUCCUUGGUUCUCCAUCUCAAGAAGAUCUAAACUGCAUUAUCAACAUGAAGGCGAGGAACUACCUGCAGGCCCUACCUGAAAAGCCCAAAGUCCCAUUUGAAAAGCUGUACGUCAAGGCGGACUCAAAAGCUCUGGACCUGCUGAGCCGCAUGUUGACCUUUAACCCCAUCAAGCGCAUAAGCGUCGAGGAGGCCCUGGCUCAUCCUUACCUGGAGCAGUACUACGAUCCCACAGAUGAGCCAGUAGCAGAAGAGCCCUUCACUUUCUCCAUGGAACUGGAUGACCUUCCCAAGGAGAAGCUGAAGGAAUUGAUCUAUGAGGAAACUGCUCGUUUCCAGGAAACCUACCAGGGCUCCUGAGACACACAGCUUCAAAGAGUGACAAAGCCUCACAGAGGCUGGAACAAGAAGAACCCAAACGACAUGCUAAAACAAAAGAAAAAUGCAUCUUCAAGAAACCAACAAAAAGAGAAAACAUGAAUAUGAACAUUUAACUGCUUAUCUUUCCAUUUCUACUGCAAGAGAGCUAUGUUUAACUUUGUUUUCUGUGGUUGGGUGGGGUGGUAGGGUCUGGCAUACUGUUUCAGUUUUAUCCAUGUUGGACUCUUCCCUCCUCUCACCUCACAUUUGUUUUUCACGUUUAAUGUCCCGUCUCGUCCUGAUCAAACCCUUUUUUUUUCUCCUCUCAUGCAUCUGUUGCUAAUCUGUGUGAGCUCUCCUGUCUCUCCUCUCUGUCGCUCCCUCUCAUGUACUACUGUAUUAACCAACACCAUAACUCUCUUGUCUUGCUCCAUGUAAAUUACAUCUGGGGAAAAAAAUCGAGGGCUAAAAGAACGGGAAUGCUAAUCGGGUGAUAAAUAUAUAGCUUCGUUUUUUCUCUUUAUUAUUUUUUUUUAAGUGUGCUUGUCGCGGUUUUUGUUUGUACACUGUUGUUCAAGUGUUUUCAGAUCAGUUCAGAGUCAUAUGUGUAUGUUUUGGGGUUUAUAUUUGAAAGUCUUUUUUUCUGAACACUUGAUUUUGAGACAAACAUUAAGUGUUUUUCUGGCUUGUUGGCGGGUUUAUAGAUUUCUUCGUUGACGCUCUUUCUUUUUCUAAAAAAAAACAAAAAAAAACUGUGUAUGAUGUUCAUAUGAAUGCAUGCAUUCCUGAAAUUAACCAAAGUGGCAGAGAGAUGCAAGAAACCUGGCUGGGGAGCAACUAAGGAAUAUCUGUCGUAGUUUUGAAUUGUACCUUAAAUGCAUUUCUUGACCUGUAACUCGUACCAAGGGCAAACAAACUGAACUCUCCCUUCAUUGGCGGAAAGUUGGGUUAUAAUCAGGAGGCGCUAUAUAACUGAAUCAAAAGGCAUAAAAUAUAGUUUAUAUAAUUGCGUGUUCAUUCAGUGAUACCUAAGCCCCAUUUUCCAGAAGAUUCACGAUACUCUGAAGAGUUGGAGGCUUAAUGUAAGUUUUCUAGUGGAAGAUGUUCUGCCAGAAUACUGAUGUGAGAGACUGGUGUAAUGUUACUGUAUCGUCAUUUGGCUCCAAAACAUCCCUUUUCAAUGAAACACAACCAACACCAAUAUCUGAUCCAGUGUCAGUUACAUUCCUAUAUUAAUUACAUUCUCCUCUUGAUUUAAAAAAAAAACCCCACAGAAUUCUCCAUUUCCAGAGCGACGUCUGGGAACGCAUAAAAUAUUCUGGAAAGUGGGGCCUGGUUGACGUCAGCCUUUCCAUCCCACCGUGCUGUUUUUUUUUGUACUGCGCUCUUAUGUGCUACAGUUUGACGACUGUAUGGAGUCAAACGUGUAAGCAGGCUGGGGCCUAACUGACAGCGACGGGCCAUAUCUAAACAGUGCAGUCUGAAGAAGAGCGAGUGCACAUUCUAACAAGCAUCUUCAGAUUACUAUUUUUUUUAUUUUUUUAUUUUUUUUUGGCUCAUUGAUGUGGGUGUUGAUUGUAAAUGGCCUGAAUUUGAAUUUGGCCUGAGUCCGUCACUGCAGCUUAGUGUUCACCAGCUGUAAACUUUACCAGAACAGCAAGAACAGCACCUCUUUUACAACUUCUGUUGAUAAAUGCAGCAUUCACUUCAUGUAGGAUGGACGAUGUAAAAUUUUAGGCCUGCACGUGCACAAUAUAACACCAUUUCCGUUCAAUUUAGGUUGACUUACACUGAACGACAGCCUUUGGCUGAUGUGAGGUGUUCAUGUUUGGUUUUCAGGUACUUCCAUGUUAGUAAAUCAGAUUAUAUGACGUGAAUGCAGCAAAAUCAACAUUAUAGUCAAACCCAGGAUUGGUAGAGUGCUGUUUGCACCCCUCUGCCCGUUUACUUUUUGAACCCUUCAUCCCUUUCUGUGUAUUGUCCCCGCUACCUGUUAACAUGCUGGAUGUUUUUUCUUCAAUGUUGGUGAUUUAGUGCUGCAGUGGCGCUCGUUCUCCAUUUCGCAAGAGUUUCUCCUUGGAGUGUGUGCAUGUGUAUAAUUUCCAUGUUCAUUGCUCCUGUCAUUUGUCAGUGUUUGCUCCCUCCUCCUCCUUUAUUGUGGAUGUGACUGUACUAAUUGCUGCAUGGUGUGGAGCACCACCCCACGGGUCCAGCUCAGUCACCAGCUGAGUCUGCACUAAUUUUUGCCUGUUGCACUGGGACCAGUAGAGAAGCCCCCACCCUUACCCCUGCAAAAUGGACCAACACAUGGCGCGCUCUCUCACUUUCUCUCUCUCUCUCUCUUACACACACACACAGGGCAGGCCUGUGAUGCUAAUAGACCCAGAUCUGGAGCGCUCACUGGCCUUGCCCUCUCGUCAGCAAAAUCAUUGAUUGUUUCUUUGCGUCUCGGGCUCGAGUCGCGUCAUAGGCUGUUUUCUCAGAAGCCAUAGCCAGCACUCUAGGAUCAGUGUGAGGCUUUUUGGUGCAUGUGGUGAUAGUCAUCAUGUUGUUCAACCUCCCAACUCUCACCACGCUUUACUCAAAAGGGCUGCCUCCCCUCCUCCCCCCUGUCUGCUUCUCCACACUGGGAUCGGUGAAGGCCUUCUAACCCAUAUCAGUGACUUUGCUGCCACUUUCCUCCUCAGAAAAUCAUCGCCCCUGUCUGACAUGGAACAUAGAUCAUGGAUGGUCACACAAGCAGGAAACUCGCCCCAAUCAUAUAACUCAAUCCGCACGCCUGCACUUUCUUUCCAACCACGCUCUUUGUCCCCAUUGAGGUUGUUAUUUUGGUUGGUCUCUCCCUCCCUGUCUUGUAUCCUCCUCGUUCAGCUUUAAGUUCCAUCUGCUGUGUGUGGUAAGGCUCAUGGAUCGUCUGCAGUAAUUUAUGUCAGUGUACAAGUGUUAGUGUAUCUGCUUAUCAGUAACAUAAAGCCAAGACUCUUUUUGUCCUGUGUGUGUGUGUGUGUUUGGGAAGUGUUUCCUCACAGCUUGGGCCCUCUCCCUGCAGUCACCUGUGCUUUUACAUCUGUGAGAUGUUUUCUUUUUUCCUUUUUGACCAACAAAAAAAAAAGAUUUUGUACGUAUUUGAUAUGUAUAUUUGGUCAGCAGUCGGCCCGGCCCGGCUUGCCUGUCUUUUCUCCGACCUGCCCCCAGACCAAACAUCUCACUGGGUAACCAUGGGAAUGAACCAAGAGGACCAUGUUUUGCAAUCCUCCUGACACACUCGCACACACACUUCCUCUCUCUUUCUGAGGAGUGUAUCUGUGUGUUUGUGAAAAGUUGCACUUAAACACACCAUACACAUUCAUUCACACAGUAUUGGCGAGUCUAAAGGCCUGUCAAGAGGCCUGUUUUCAGAUAUUGUUGUUUUUUAAAUGGCUGUUCUUAUUAUUGCUAUUGUUAUAUUGGUGAGUUGUUGUAUUUUCUUUCUUUCUUUUUUCUUUUUUUUUUUUUUACGUAAAAGGGAGUUAAAGUUGUAUCAUUUUUUAAUUAUUAGGAUGUUUUUUAUUUUUUUUUCUUCCUUAUUUCUCUUUAUGGGCGUGAUUAUUGGCAGUGUUUUCAAUCUUUCUGAAACUUUUUUUUUUCUUUUGAUUUCCCCUGCAAGAUCUUAUAAGGAAUUCUUUUAAAAGAAGAUAUAAGUAGAUUGUCAAAGAGAUAUGAGUUAUUGAGGGUUAUAGUCUGUAUAUUCUAUGGGUAUUAUGAAUUAAACGAUUAACAAAAUACAGAAUUAUAUACAUAUAAUUAAAUAAAAUUUCCUGAUACUGUUA